AUGAGUGUCGGUUCAGAACUCACGGGUCCUGGGGGACUUCCCUCCCCGCUCCCCCAGGGAGCAGAGUCAUCAUGUCCACAGCAUGACAGGUUUAGCCCCCAGACUUUGGGGAGUGGGAGUUUGCGGCGGACAGAGGUCCUUUCUGAGCUGAGGCCAAGGGUCGCAGACCUCAGUCCUCUCUGUUGUCGAUCCGUGUCCGUCAGCGUCCAGACAGAGGCCAGACGUGGGCGUCCUAGGCUCAUGGGAUGGAUGGUCUCUGCCCACACGGCCGUGAACACGCGCCGGUCACCCAGGAGGCUUGGGGCUGCGAGUGAGCAGCCCCUCAGGUCAGGAGGCUGA